CCCAGAAACUUUGGGUUCUCUCUGUAUUCUUCUAUUUAAAAAAAAAAAUAUAAGCCUACAAUUCCAUUUUCCCAUUUUGACCUUCAACAACUUCACCUUUUCCACUAAUAAGGAUUGCGUCGUAUUAAUUUUUUUCCAUAAUCCAAUUCCGCUUCAUUUUUAAUGAACGUAGCUUCCUGAUAUUUACCAACAAAGAUGAGGGCUGCCCGAUCCCUUCGUUCCCUCCGAUCAGCUCUUCACAACCCAGUACAUAAUUAUUCCACUAGUUUCGUGAAAUGCCGGAGUACUCCUGCUCCAGCUUCCGCUUACAAUGCCCAGCUCAGUACAAUUCUUUGCCCUGUAUUCAUGGCAUUCAGAGCUUUGUCAACGGAUUCGGAUGUGAACAAAGCAGGGCCACUUGUGGAGUAUGAAAGAAGGAUUGCUGCGGGUGAUCUUGUUGAUGGUGAUGCCUGCCAGGUAGGUACUUUGGGGAAACUGCAGAGACUUUAUGAUGAGCUUGUUGUGUCAGCUGAUGACUGCCAGUUGGAUCGCUAUGCAACUCCUGAGAAAACAGUGAGGAGUGGUUGGUUUUGGUAUCGUCUGAUGCCACAAUCCUCAUACUCUCCUGUCAAAGGACUUUAUCUUUAUGGAGGAGUAGGCACUGGGAAAACCAUGUUGAUGGAUCUGUUCUUUGAUCAGUUACCCAGCAAUUGGAGGAAAAAGAGGAUUCAUUUUCAUGACUUCAUGUUGAAUGUCCACAGCCGCUUGCAAAAACACAAGGGUGUAUCGGACCCACUUGAAGUUGUUGCAGGCGAGAUAUCUGAUGAGGCAAUUUUGCUAUGUCUAGAUGAGUUCAUGGUGACUGAUGUUGCCGACGCAUUGAUAUUAAAUCGCCUAUUUAGACAUCUAUUCAGCAAUGGAGUUAUUCUUGUUGCAACUUCAAAUCGUGCUCCAGACAAUCUCUAUGAGGGUGGACUACAGAGGGAUCUUUUUCUACCCUUCAUUUCUACUUUGAAGGAAAGAUGUGUUGUUCACGAAAUUGGUUCAUCUACUGAUUAUCGAAAGCUGACUUCGGCUGAGCAAGGGUUCUACCUUAUUGGCAAAGAUUUGUCAAGUCUUCUUCAGGAGAAAUUUAAGCAAUUGAUAGGUGAACAAGAUAUUGCACAACAAGAGGUGGAAGUAGUUAUGGGAAGGACAUUGAAGGUUCCAAUGGGUGCUAAUGGAUGCGCUUAUUUUCCAUUUGAUGAACUUUGUGAUAAACCACUUGGAGCUGCAGACUAUUUUGGAUUGUUUAAGAGCUUUCAUACGCUUGCAUUGGAAGGCAUCCCAAAAUUUGGGCUACAUAAUAGGACAGCAGCAUAUCGUUUUGUUACUUUAGUUGAUGUUAUGUAUGAGAAUAGGGCGAGAUUGUUAUGCACGGCUGAGGGUAGUCCUCAAGAACUUUUCAAGAAUAUUGUGACAAUCUCAGAUGCCCAGCAUACAGCACCUAGAACCUCUUCACGAUCAAGGAGAAGUGAUGAUUCAGAUCUUUGUGUGGACAAUGAAUUGGGAUUUGCAAAAGAUCGCACCAUUAGUAGAUUAACAGAGAUGAACAGCAAAGAAUACCUUGAGCAGCAUGCAGAAGAAAGGCAGCUCUCGUAAGAAGAUACAAAUAGAGAUGCAAUACAAGUGUGAUGCAUAGGCUAACAAAAAGGCUUGUUAGUAAAUUUACACAAUCCUAAUCCUAAAUCACAAAGUCGAGCUUUUUCAAUGAUGGUUGCUGCCCCAUUUUGAAUCUAAAUUUUUUGUUCAAUAAGGAAUCUGAUAUUUAUUAUGAAUAAAAAGUAGUUAAUUGA